CGAUAUAUUGACUUUUGGAAGAUAUAUUGACUCUGACUUUUACUGGCCUCUUGUUGUAGCAACGAACAGGGAGGAAAUGACCGGGAAAAAAACAGAGAAAUAAGCAGAGUUCGUCGCCGGUGAGCGACCAAAGGCAGAUAAAGAGGAAUUGAGAAGGGAGAGAGGUUGGAGAGAGAAAGAGAAACAAUUUCCGGCAUGGCAUCUGGUGUUAAAACAACGAACACUGGAGCCAUUUCUGCUCCGGCAUAGAGAUAAUGAGUAAUGACUAGUGAGGACUUAUACGAGGCAAUCAUAUAAAGUUAGGUGAUGAAAAUUGAUAAUUUUCCCUCCGUUCAAGUUUCUACUCAAGUCUCCUUAUCCUUUUUAUAUGUGUCUUCCCUUCCGCCAUAACCACAGAGACGGAGGGUUUAAGGGACUUUCUCAAGGGUUUUGACGAACUGAAGUUAAAGAAGCAAGAGGCGACAACAACGAGAGCAAAAGCGCAGCAGGUCCAUAACCAAACGGUAAUCCUUUCUCCUUCCUAAAUUUCCCUUUUCCCCAUCAUUUCUCUGCUCCUCUGUCCUGUUUAAGUUCCGUACUUCUUCAAGAAACAAGGUGAUGUAAUGGUGGAGAAAUCUUCUCCUUCUCAUUAUCUUUUCUUCCGCCAUUUCGUUGCUUCCCUCCCUGUCUUUACUUGUUGAAGUUCGUAGCUUUAAUAGAUUGGCAGUCUCGUUCCUACCAUAUAAGCUGAUGAAUGAAUUUGAGAAUUUAUUUAUUUAUUACUGUAGUGGCGGCAAAUUGAAAGCACAUGGGUCAUCAGGCUUUGACAAUCCACAAUUGGUCCUCGCUGGUACAAGCUCAACGAUUUGGUGAUUCUGAAUUGGGACUUAGCAAGUUCGCUGAUUCUACUUCUCCUUUUUGUUUCACUGCCCAAUUAUUGAAGGUCCGUCUUCGCUGUGUUGAUAGAGUAAGAGCUUCUAAACCAGUUGAAAGCCUUAAUUCAGGUGGUGGAAAGAAAAGGGAAGGUGCAGAAUGCAGCGAUAGCGAUGGCGAUGAUGAUGAAGAUGAUGAUGAUUCGACCAGAAGAGCUAAGGCGAACGACCCUUAUGCUAUGAAUCCUGAAGAGAGACGUGAAUGGAGGAAGAAAAUUAGGGAAGUUCUAGCCAAGCAUCCUGAUAAAGAGCUACAGUUUAAUGCUGAAGAGAAGAGGGCGAAGAUGGAGAAGCUUUUGGCUGAUUAUCCCCUCGUUGUGGACGAAGAGGAUCCUGAUUGGCCUGAAGAUGCUGAUGGAUGGGGGUUUAGUUUGGGUCAAUUCUUCAACAAGAUCUCAAUCAAGAAUGUCAAGAAGGAUAAUGAUGAUGAUGAGAAGUAUGAUAGUGAUAACGAGAUAGUGUGGCAAGAUGAUGAUUAUAUUCGUCCAAUCAAGGACAUUACCACUGCAGAAUGGGAGGAGACUCUAUUCAAAGAUAUCAGCCCCUUGAUUGUGCUAGUUCAUAAUCGGUAUAAAAGGCCAAAGGAGAACGAGAGAAUUCGAGUUGAGUUGGAGAAAGCUGUGCAUAUCAUAUGGAACUGUGGGUUGCCCUCCCCAAGAUGUGUUGCAGUUGAUGCUGUUGUUGAGACUGAUUUAGUUUCUGCUCUUAAAGUUUCUGAAUUCCCAGAAAUUAUGUUUACAAAGGCAGGCAAGGUCUUACACCGUGAGAAAGCGAUACGAACAGCUGAUGAGUUCUCGAAGAUAAUGGCCUAUUUCUAUUAUGGAGCAGCCAAGCCACCUUGCUUAGAUAAGAUUGGUGAUUGCCAGGAAAUGAUCACAACUGUAAAAGUCAAUGACAAUCAGUAAUGCAAUAUCUGUUGUUGCUACAUAUUGCUAAGGUUAGUCAACUUCCUGAUCUCUAUUGAACAUGCUUAUCAUACAUAGUGUUGAUUAUCGAGUCAUUUGGAUGCUACUAGAUGGUAGAUUCUGAAUUUGUUUCAACAUCUAGAUUCCUUUGAGAACUUGUGCAGAAGAUUUAGCUAAGCAUGGUCAAAAUUACUGUAGUAAGUUCCAUGAGAGUUUCUUUAAGGUUUGAUAUCUUUCAAUAUGUAGCUCAGUUUAUUGCAAGGAUUACUCGGUCAUGGAAGUGCUAGAGCGAAAGGACAAAGAAUGGAUACUCACCUUAAGUAAACUUUCCGUACAUUGUACCUAUGAGAUAUGAUCCAUAUGUGUGUAACUUAUUGUCAAGUUAUACAGGAAAUCAAUUAUUGAAGACACCACAACUACAGAAAGCUUUAUGGUAAUGGAAUCUGAAGGCAAAGAGCUGCUUCAUGUUCGAGCCAUCAAACUUGCAGUUAGCUACACCAACAAUCCUUUUCUCUCCAUGUCCUCCAAGAACUGUAAGGCAUUUCCCACUGCUACUAGAUAACCAGAAUCUGUAACCUCUGUGCUUUACUUUCUCUGGUGGAUUGGUAGAUUUCCAGUCAUCUUCUGCUAAGCUUUCCAGUGACUUCGACGAUCGAAGAGCCACCUUGCCAACCUUGUUAACAGUUAGAUAACUCUGUUCACCAGAGCAUUUGUCCAUAUAGUUGCUGAACCUGUGAAAAAGAAUUACAGUAGCCAAUAGCAUCAUCAUCUGCUUUUACAUUGGGAUAAAUUACAUACUGCGUGAUUUGAAUUAGGUGAUUUCUUCCUUCAUGCUUUGAAAGUAAAUGUUGCAAGCACCGUAGGUUGAUCAAAACAUAAGAAAAGGUGGUGUGUUCCUUUCCAUUGAUCUCGGUGUCUGGAGCAUUACUUUUUAUGAUCAAAUGUGAAGCAGAUAACCUAUUCAGUGACUUGGUAUGUACCUCUUUUUUUAUAUGAUCCACAUAUGACAUAUCUACACAGUAUUCAAACCUUGGGAGCUUGGAUUGCCCGAAAUUGCUGUUCACUUGGCUUGUCAUUUUGGAUUUCAUUAGGCCUUUGUGAGUCUAUCCUCGUUUGUUUUUCCCUCUUCUUGCUUUAUGGUGAACGAUGUGCCAUGCUUACCCAUACAUGCUGCAAAUUUCGGGUUUUGAUUCCGUUAGAACGUUGGUUUUUAAGCUGAUGGAUGAAACUUAUAGGCGAACCAAUGUGAUUCGGCUGAUCGAAGAUGAAAGAAAGUUGGCAACUUCGUUGCCAUUUAGCUUUGGAUUCCCUUGUGAAAAGUUUGAUAGGUUUGGCUUUAGCAUCUUUCUUGCAUAUUUUGUUUCUCAUCAUCUGUAUUAUCAUUGCUGAACUGCAGACCACUGCAUAUACUAGUUUUGUGAAAGGAUUGUGCAUGCAUAGCAAUUAAUUUCCUAUAUGAUAAAACUGAUUAUGUAAA